CAUACGUCAUAUCUAUGCGUCUUUCUCCGUCACCCGAUUCGUUUCAUAUUUAUGUCGAUGGUUUCUCCCGCGCUGGCUCCAUUGUCCCUUGUUUCUCCGCGACUUUAACGGAACCGGGAGGAUUUUGAGGCAGAAUGGGACCCGUAGAGCUCCUCCACAUGUCGGUUUUCUCCCAGAGCUUUUCUCCCUGCGGACGCUUCCUGGCGGCCGGAAACAACUACGGAGAGAUCGCCUUGUUCAGCUUGGCUGCAGCUCUAAGUCCAGAAGCCACCACCGCUAGCCAGAAGCCUGUUCUGACGUUUACAGCUCAUGAAGGUGCAGUUUUCAGUCUUCUGUCCACAGACUGUGUCCUGCUGAGUGCUGGAAAUGGAGAGAUCAGUGCCUGGAGCUGGACUGAACUCAUCAAGAAGAAUGUGAAAUGUCUUUGGACGAAGAGGCCCAACUAUAGAUCAAGUCUGGAGAUCCCAGAGAUUAACUCCAUGGUCAUCAACACCCAAGACAACAGUCUGGUGAUUGGAGCUGGAGACAACAACGUCCACAUCCUGGACCUGGAACAUGGAGACUUUAAGGCAGCCCUUCAGGGUCACACAGACUAUGUGCACUGUGUGUGUGUGCGUGAGCGGGAGUCCGAGCUUCUGUCCGGCAGCGAGGAUGGAUCUGUGAGGAUGUGGGACACCAGGACGGGCCAGUGCGUUCACUGCAUUGAAGUCUACAAGUACGAGAGCUGCGUACGGCCUCAGUACGGUAAAUGGAUCAGCUGUGUGACCACAGACUCUGACUGGAUGGUGUGUGGAGGAGGUCCGUCAAUGUCUCUGUGGCACCUCCGCUCUCUGUCCCCAACAUCCGUGUUUCCCCUGAGCGGCUGCCAGCGCCAGGCAGCUUUCCACCAGGACAUGAUCCUGGCAGUGGGGCAGGGUGCAUUUGUGUCUCAUUGUCUUCUGGGUGGAGAUGUCAAAGCUCAGAUCCCAUGCACACCCUCAAGUCUCAACACUCUGCAGCUGAACAACAGCUCAGAGCACCGGGUGCUGACGGUGGGAGGUAGCAGCAGCCACAUUGACGUGUUCACCAACCUGUCCUACAGAACCUUCUCACUCAGCUUCUGAACUUUCCUAAUAAAAUGUUUUUUACAAACA